GUAAAGUAAAAGCCGCAUUGGGUGCGAGCGGAGGAAUGUACAUCAUCGCCGGUACAACAGAAGUUUUCUUGAAUCAUUUCGUCCACAACAUGGAUCCUCUCUCUUCCGUUGCGGCUCCAAGAAUCUACCACCAGGUGAUUCCGAACAAAGCUCAGUAUGAGAAUUGGACAACAGUGUAUAAUGACCAUUUCGAGAUUCCCAAAGAGACAAGACUUAAGUUGGAGAAGAAAGGUCAUGUCCUAGCGCCAAUCGCAGGAGGAACGAUAUCUCAGUUGAUAGUGGUUCAAGAACCCGAUAAAAGUUCGGGUGGAAUGAGUAAGCUUGUGGCAGUAAGUGAUCCAAGAAAAGGAGGGUACCCUUCAGGAUAUUGACAUCGGAUUUGAUUUCUGUUUUCAAUUAUUAUUGCAUCAAAC